AUGAGGUUCAUAACCACUGCUCUAGUCUUCGCAGUUCCAGGAUUUUUCAAAAUCUGCACUUAUGGAGCUGAAAUGUUCGUCGCUGAUCCAGGGAUGGGGAGUCAGGCGAUAUACGUGGGUGUUUCCGAUGAAAACGGGUCUUUUGCUGAAACAGACUUUAAAGCUCUGCCUUUGGACAACCUGAUGUUGCCAUGGGCAGUCGCCUUUGACAAUAGAUCAAGGACUGUCUUCUGGUCAGAUGGUGUUCUUGACGCCAUCCUAAGAGCGAAUAUUGAUGGUACUGAUCAGAGAAUCAUAGUGGAAGAAUUAGGAUAUCCUGCUGGUCUGGCCAUUGACACGAUGAACGACAGAAUUUACUGGACAGACUAUGAACUUGAUGUGGUAGGAUCUUCAACCCUUAACGGCACUGACAGAACUGUAUUGGUCAAUAGUGGAUUAACGAGGCCGGAAGGUAUCACAGUGUCCACGAGAAACAACCUUCUAUUUUGGGCUGAUCGGGGUGACAAUAACAAUCCUAGGAAAAUUGAGCGUGUCAAUACCACAGGCAGCCAACGCAUGACGAUCGUUUCAAAUGAGCUGAAUUAUCCGACUGCAGUUUCCCUCAACCACGAUGAGGAUCGUUUGUACUGGGCAGACUUUGGGCGAGGGCGUGUGGAGUCUGUAACUAUUAAUGGUAAAGACCGUAGGGAACACGUUACCAAGGUGCAAGGCUUCUCCUUCAUCAAACCUUACGGCCUCGCGCUCCUUGGAAGGGAAGAUAAGAUAUUCUACUCUGAUAAUACUCAGUCGGUCAUCUUAGAAAUCGACAAGUCGCGAAGAAGUGAACAAACAGAAAUAACGAUCCAAGGCAACGAAGUUCAAUUUCGGGAUCUGAGGCAUAUCUUUAUUAGCGAAUUUUCGGAAGUCAUCUGUGAUCCAGAUUCCAAGUCUGCACCCCAGCAAGCGCCGUGUCCAUCAACCGCAGAUUCGAUGACAACUACCACGACCGUCGUUCAAGAUUCCACCAAUCACACGACAAUAGCCGGGUCCUCUUCGAUGUCUACAACGAUUAACUCUACGACAGCAGAUGGCAACCAGAAUCUACCACAAUCGAUGUUUAUCAUCGUUAUCUCAGGAGGUUCAAUAAUUGGAGUUCUAAUCAUCAUCUUGAUAAUAACUAUUGGAAUUAAAAUAAGUCGAGAUAGAUCUCCAUCGGUUGAGUCAACAAAGUCUUCUAAUGUCGCCCUUCCUGGUCGUCUACCAUCCUACCUCGAGCCAGAUCCAAUAAGAACGAACAUCAAUCAAACUCCAUCUACCGAGAGGUCUACUGUUCUUCCAGGGCGUCUGCCAUCCUCCCUUGAGCUAAAUCGUGUCCAGUCAAACCCUGAAAUGCCUCCAUCACAUGUAUAUGAAACAACAGAUGGCUUUGGACUAUACGAAAACACCACUGAUGUUGAUGGCGCCUUCAGUGAAACACCUGUGAUAGGAGAUUCCUCGGGAUAUACAGAGCCGUACCCUUAUGCAUAUCCGUACUUGGAUCGACCGGGAUUACAACAAACGGAGCCCCCUCCAACAUAUUUAAACGGAAGUGUUUGGGUACCUGGGCAAAUUCGUCGUUGAUGAGUAAUAUCUUAUCUUGACGAUUUCUUCCCCUUAGAAUUGUCAAUAUUUAUCUAUUUCGAUUCUUAGCUAGUGGAUAUUUCAGAUCAAUAUUUUAUUUUAUAAGACCAAUUCUAUCCUUAAUUUUUCAGUUUUGUCGUUUUCUGGAUUGCCUUUUCGUAGUAAUAUUGACUUAUACUUUUCUUUUGUAUUGUUCUGUCAAUGGAUUUUUGGGGGGUGUUUCGGUAAUUUCAAGUAAUGUGGUUGUUUUCUCUGUUGGUGACUAUCAUACUACACUGUUAGAAAAAAAACAGAAGAUUUUACAAAAGAAACAAAAACAGAUUUUACAGAAAGAAGUAACCAAAUCAUUCUGUAAAUAUUUAAAACAGCAAAGAUUUUAUACAGUUAUAAAAUUUUACAGAACAGGUCUGAGUUAAAAAGAGGGAAAACAGUUUUAUAACAAUAAAUUUGUUAGGUUACAUACACCAAAUAUCUAUUUUCUGUCAUUUUACACAAAUGCAUGUAAUAUUACGCAGUGCAGUAAGAUUACACAUGUUCUCGGGACUCUGCUGCAGGAAUUUUUGUUUUUUAAGUAGAAAUUUUCUAACAGUGUAGUUUUCCUUUCCUUGUUAUGUUCCCGACUUCCGUUUCGUUAAAACCCCACCUAACACAAGAAUUGUAAUCAAGUGGGUCUUUCCAUUUCCACGCGAUAUGGAGCACUUAAAAAAGAAGAUUUUAUUGAUUGUAUAUUUACAGAUAUGCUAGCAUGCUUAUUUCAAUAGCGACGAUUGCACAGUAUUUAUAAUACUGCUUUAAUCAUAUUGACUUACUUUACUUGACUGUAUUUGUUGUUGAAACUGGAUGCAUAUGAAAUGAAAUACUAAUACAUAAUAUAAUUGUACAUAAAUAAAUUACUUACUAUAUCACAUCUACGGUCAUUGGAAUUCGCGUCGUCAGAUCGUACUAAACAUAAAGCAAUUUGUACAUGUCAUACAUAUUCAGUCAAUUUUGGAUGUCGAAUAUAGCAUUGAAUACUGUAUUCAUUCAACAUGCAUCUGUUCAUAUUCAACCAAUUUUACUGUGUGUGUGUGUAUAAUCUACUAGUGGUAUUGAGCUGUGUAAGAAAAUAUCAUAUUUCAUUAUCUGUAAAUAUUCAUGUAUAUAUUUUUUUUAAAACCGACGUUUCAAUGUAUUGAAUCAUGUUGAAUGUAUAAAGGCAAGUUUAUGAAUUGUUCAAUAUUUUGUACGAUACUGUUUAAAGUAUGAUAUAAUUUAUACUCGGGGCUAAACCUCGAUUGUCAUGUUGCUAUCGUAUAAGGUCUUAGUAGAUAAUGUUUGUAAAUAUGUGUUAUAAUCAGCUAUUAUAAUCAUAAUAAUGAUUGCAUGGACCAUACAGAGAGAUUUGGUAAUAAACCCAAUUCAAAUC